AUAAGUCCAACCAUAGUUAUACUCUUUUUUUUUUUUUAGACUUGACGUUUAUUUCCGUUUGCUGAAAGAGGCAAACAGAAGUAGAUUUAAUUUGCACUUCCUACAACAGGACAGAAUAAGACUUGAUUUUAUGCUCAGCACAAACCUGUCAUAUCUGAACAACUGAUUCGGUCACAAACUUGCGUAACCUUUACACUGAAGUCGCCGAUUUCCGGGUAACAAGGACUUGUCUGAGAUAUGAUCAAUGUCAAGACAUGGAGAUCGAAUUAAACGAUUUUAAACAAUCCAACAAUAACGACGAGGACGAACGACGGGUCGAUUCGUCCCCAGGAAAUGGAAGCUGCCCAAACACACAGAAUGCCACUGAAGGUGUGCCCUUACUCUAUAAUUUACAGGAUGGUGGUCAGAAUGGAGCACACGUUAUUGUGCCAGAUAUGCCAGAUAACCCAUUGGCGGAAAAUACGCCAGUGGGGACACUCAGUAGAUUGAAAAAGGAGCUUCAAGAAGAAGCUUGUUGGAAAGUCAGAGUGUGGAUGCUCAUUCUAAUCAUCUUAAUUCUAAUCAUUCUUGUCAUCUUUUUCUCAGUUUACUUCUGUUCAGUUUACCAAGAAGAUGUGGAUGACAAGUACAAUGUUGCAGAUUUUGUGGUACCACUCUUCUUUAGAGGACAUUUUACACUUCUCAACAAGAACUUAACACUAGAUACACAAUCACAAUCCAUUCUCAAACAAAAGCUGACUCACAUCUACAAUUCCUCAUAUGCCCUGGGACGAUACUUCUCUCUUGCUACAGUAAACGCACUAAGGGACAGUAGCUCUCCUGUUGAGUAUGAGCUGAAAUUUAUGAUGCCUGAAGAGCACAAGCUGCUAAAAGAAUUUACUCUGAGCAAAGAGAUGGUGUACAAUGUGCUUCUGCAACAAAUAUAUGACCAGGACAUCAAUGAGCCACUUCGUAUAGUGCCAACUUCACUUACCAUGGAAGUUGGGAGUUAAAUGAGCUGACGUACAACCACAGUCUUGAUGCACAAAUGACUACGUUCUCCUGUGUUUUGAUGACCACAUGACACCAGUGGUAUUGUCGUCAGUUUCUGCAUCUGCCCGUUCCUAUAUUGGAUCCACUGUUUUAAGAUAUUAAGUUAUUGCCCACAACACUUAAUUGUAAGUGAGAACAAUUUCCUCAAACAGGAUUGGGGAUCAAAGAACUGCUUUUUCUCAGGUUUUUAUAUAGGAAGCCUUUUCCAAGUUAUUAUUUAACAUUUAGACAUUUUUCUGCUGUUGGUCUUAAUAUAAGUCAGGCCUCUCUGCACCUUCGAUAAAGACAGGAGCUCUUAUCAGAUACAUAUUGUGUUUAUCUUUUGGGAGUGUAACUCUGAUCUAAAGCUGAAUAGCAUUUCCACCCAGUUCUAUGUGAAUGUUUUGACUAACCCUUAUUGAGAGUCUUUGAGCUAUAUCUCUAGUAGAAAACACUGGUUUAAUGUAUAUAUAAUAUAUGUAAUAUAUUAUUCCAUGUAUGUAGGAUUAACUUGUAUACAACCACAUGUGUAUUGGUCCCUGGAGGACUAGUGGUUCGGUCUCAGCACUCUCACUGCUGCUAGCCAAAUUAAAUUCUUGGCCAGGAAGGCAAACAGCUGAGUAGCACAAGACAGUGUACUCCCAGUGCUGGCCCCAAGACCAGAUAAAUUGGAGAAAGGGAAGAAUCUUACAUAAAACCUGUGCCAAAUUAAAUAACCAUGGACCAAUGAUCUGUAAAAAUGACGACCCCUAACGGAAGGAGCUAAAGAGAAAAAUGUAUUAUGCAUUUUAAGCGUUUAAUGUGUUUGUUAAUCACAAGGUGGUGCUGUUGCUUCAUAUGAAAGGUUUUAACACUUUUUAAACCUGCGCCUGUGGAUGCUAUUUAUUGUAUAUUGUUUUAGAAUUUUAAUGAUUGUAUUUUGCAUUCUUGUGACCAAAAUUACUUUUUUGAGGAUUAUUAUUAUUUUUUUUAUGUUUGAACAAGUUAAAUAUAUGUAUAUAUUUUA